AUGCAAUAUCAUGAUCUGUUUCAUAUACCACAAGGAAUAAAGAACUGCAACCUGGUAUUGUACAGCACCGUACAUGUUGUAGAAGAUCAAUUAUAUGCUACCAAUGGUUUGUGCGUCCAGUUCUUGGUGAUUGUUGCACUAGCAAAUCCUAAACAUGAUAAUUUACUGCGGUGUAAGCUUCAUUUAUUCAGCACAGCUCGGUUUAUUCACAGUUCUAUCAUAUCAAGUACUUAG